AUGAAACCUCAUGAAAACAACCUAGACGAAUGCAACAUUGUGAAGUUGAGGAUUCAAUCUCGGAAAAAUUCACAACGUCCUGAUCUUGAGUUGUUGGACAUCAGCCUGCUUGACUACUUGAUAGAUUUAGGACAGCCGAUGCAACUGGAGGACAUCCGCACCAUGAUUCAACAGUUGGCCACAGCUUUUGACGCCCUAAAGACCCUUGGCAUAACGCAUACUGAUGUGAAGCCAGACAACAUCAUGCUGGUGGAUCGUGUCAGGCAGCCCUUGAGGGUCAAACUUAUUGAUUUUGGCUUGUCUAUGUACCCAUGGCAGGCCAAGCAGGGAAUGCGUUUACAGACACCUUCAUAUAGAGCACCAGAAAUUAUUCUUGGGCUGCCAUUUACAGAGGCCAUUGACAUCUGGUCUUUGGGUUGUGUCAUGGCAAUCAUGGUGUUUGGUGUCACACUCUUUCCAGGGAGGAUGGAAUACGACGUAAUAAAAUUCAUCACCGAUCUCCUGGGUCCAGCACCACAACACCUACUCAACGCUGGGAAGAAGUUAUUAAUGUAUUUUAAAAGAGAAGAUUGUGGUCAAUGGCAGCUCAAGACACCUGAGGAGUAUUGGAUGGAAUGGGGUGGUACUUUCGAUUUUGUGGACAACAGGUUUUAUAAGUUCCGCUCCCUGGACGAAAUGAAAGCGGUGCGCCGGGAGACGGACAAUGCGACAGAGGCAGAUGAAAGGAACCAGUGCAUAGAGCUGCUGAAGGCAAUGCUCCAGUGGGAUGAGAAGGACAGGAUCACCCCUAGUUGCAUCCUCAACCAUCCUUUCAUCACCAAGAGCUACCUCAACAGCAGCCCCCACCUUAGUCCAUGCAAUGAGUCUGAGGCUACCACCAGCCAGGACCAGACAGUGUCCAAGGAGACUAAGACGAUGACAAAGGUUGAGGAGACCACAAGUGAGACACUGCCACCAGGUGUUAUCCUGGUUCGACCUGCAGACCCCAAGAACAGGAUCCUGUUGGGAGACACGCUUCAGGAGGACACUGACCUCAGCAGUGAGCAUGAAGCCACCACCAGACAGGAACAGAGGGUGUCCAAGGAGACUGAGACGAUGACCAUGGUUGAAGAAAGUCCACACCCCAGUGUUGCUCCUGCUCCCACUGUGCACACCAACAGCAUCCACUUGGAGACAGAGCUUCCUACCAUCCCCUUAGAUGACAGCAAAGGCCAGAAAAAGAAGAAGAAGAAGAAGAACUACUUCAAACGCUUCUCAUCCUGGAUAAGGAGGACCUUCUGCUGUUGCAUAAGUCAGGUGAUGGAUUGA